GGAAAGUACCACGUUGGGAUCAAAAAUGGAUACGAGUUGUUCCCUAAAGCUCUCCGAGAGAGAAUCCAGAAAGAGCGGAAGGAGAAAAUGUGGGAUCCAGCACACAGAGCAGCUCUGGCUGAAGCUAGUCGCCGGGCAGAACAGUUUGACCUUGCACACCCCUCCCCCUCACAGUCUGAGAAGCUGCAGAAGGAGGAGCUGCUGUGUCAGACAGAGAUACUGGCGUCUCUGGAGAAGAAAUACAACGACCCGGGUCCGGUCUACGACUGUCUGCUGUGGAACGACGGAGACACCUGGAGGGCUGUGGUAGAUACCUCAGAGACUGGAGACCUGUCCCGCUGCACGGUACUGGCCUCCUACAGAGAGAAGCAGGAGUUUGCUACUCUGGGAGACGCUGAGAUGCUCAACUACUCUGUUAACAUCUACGACGAAGGAAACACUCUCUGCAUCGUCACCAGCGGAGGGGCUCAUGGGACACACGUGGCGAGUAUAGCAGCAGGUCACUUCCCAGACGAGCCGGAGCGGAACGGCAUUGCCCCCGGCGCCCAGAUCCUGGCGUUGAAGAUCGGAGAUACGCGCCUCAGCACCAUGGAGACGGGCACCGGACUCAUCCGCGCGAUGAUAGAGGUGAUCAACUAUAAAUGUGACCUGGUUAACUACAGCUAUGGAGAAGCUACCCACUGGCCCAACUCAGGGAGGAUCUGUGAGGUGAUUGGUGAAGCGGUUCAGAAACACAAUGUAUUGUUUGUGUCCAGCGCUGGGAACAACGGGCCCUGUCUUUCUACUGUAGGCUGCCCUGGAGGGACCACAGCUGCUGUGAUAGGUGUGGGAGCGUAUGUGACUCCAGACAUGAUGGUUGCAGAAUAUUCUCUGAGGGAGAAGCUUCCCCCUUGCCAGUAUACCUGGUCGUCUCGGGGCCCCAGUACCGACGGGGCCCUGGGGGUCAGUAUCAGUGCUCCGGGGGGGGCCAUCGCCUCCGUACCCAACUGGACUCUCAGAGGAACCCAGCUGAUGAAUGGUACCUCCAUGUCGUCCCCUAACGCCUGUGGAGGGAUUGCCCUGGUGCUGUCAGGUCUGAAGCAGAACGGUAUCCGCCCGUCGGCGCCUGCGGUGAGGAGAGCUCUGGAGAACACCGCUCUGAGGGUCGACGACAUCGAGGUGUUCGCACAGGGACACGGAAUCAUACAGGUGGACCGAGCUGUAGACUACCUGACCCAGCAUGCAUCUCUCCCCACCUCUAACCUGGGCUUCACUGUUACCGUGGGAACGCAGCGAGGCAUCUACCUCCGAGACCCCACCCAGGUCCUGACCCCCUCCGACCACGGGGUCGGCAUCGAACCUGUUUUCCCCGAGAAUACCGAGAACACGGAGCGUAUUUCUCUGCAACUGCACCUGGCCCUGACAUGCUCCGCCUCCUGGGUGCAGUGCCCCUCCCACCUGGAGCUCAUGAACCAGUGUCGUCAUGUCAACGUCAGAGUCGAUCCCCUGGGGCUCCGAGAGGGACUGCAUUAUACUGAGGUGUGUGGUUAUGACACGGCGUCCCCCAGCUCUGGACCUCUGUUCAGAGUCCCCAUUACGGUUAUCAUCCCCACCAAAGUUCCUGAGGGCCACAGUCAGGAGGUACUGUUCACAGAUGUCCACUUCAGACCAGGACAGAUACGACGACACUUCAUCACGGUUCCAAAGGGAGCCUCCUGGGCAGAGAUAACAUUGACGUCUCAGAGCGGGGACGUGUCCUCUAAGUUUGUCCUCCAUGCAGUCCACCUGGUGAAGCAGAGAGCUUACAGAGCCAACGAGUUCUACAAGUUCUCGUCUCUGCUGGAGAGGAGCUCCCUGACUGAGGCCUUCCCUGUCCUGUCGGGGAAGACGGUAGAGUUCUGUAUCGCCCGGUGGUGGGCCAGCCUUGGCGACGUCACCGUUGACUACAGUAUCUCCUUCCACGGCCUGACCACCUCACCGUCACCUCUACACAUACAUGCAUCAGACGGUGUGACUAGUUUUGAGGUGUCCUCUCCCCUGAGGUACGAGGACGUUUCUCCCAGCGUCACCCUGAAGACCUGGGUCCAGCCACUCAGACCUCUGAGUUCUAAGAUCAAGGCUCUGGGUCACAGAGAUGUCCUCCCCAACAACAGACAGCUCUAUGAAAUCAUCCUCACCUACAGCUUCCACCAGCCUAAGUCAGGAGAGGUGACCCCCAGCUGUCCAGUACUGUGUGAGCAGCUGUAUGAAUCAGAGUUUGACUCUCAGCUCUGGAUGCUGUUUGACCAGAACAAGAGACUGCUGGGCUCUGGAGACGCCUACCCACACCAGUACUCUCUGAAACUAGAGAAAGGAGACUACACAGUGCGUCUGCAGGUGCGUCAUGAGCAGGCCACGGAGCUGGAGCGUCUGAAGGACCUUCCGUUUGUGGUGUCCCACCGUCUGUCCACGACUCUGACCCUGGAUGUGUAUGAGUCUCACCGCGCUGCCCUCGUGGCGAAGAAGAAAACCAACUCCCUGACCCUGACGCCUGGAGCUACCCAACCGUUUUAUAUUACAGCCCUGCCUGACGACAAGGUUCCUAAAGGAACGUGUCCAGGAUGCUAUCUGACCGGCUCCCUGGUCGUGCCAAAGGGAGAAUACGGCAAGAAAGCAGGACAGGCCUCUGCAAAACGACAAGGAAAAUUUAAAAAGGACAUUGUGCCAGUUGUCUACCACCUGAUCCCUGCACCCAACAAGACCAAGAACGGAGCGAAGGAGGGAGCGAAGGAGGGAGCGAAGGAGGGAGCGAAGGAGGGGGCGAAGGAGGGGGCGAAGGAGGGAGCGAAGGAUGUGAAGGAGGAGUUUGAAGAGGCUCUCAGAGACCUGAAGAUUCAGUGGAUGACCAAGUUAGACACCAGCUCCCUGUAUGAUGAACUGAAGGAGAACUUCUCUUCUUACCUGCCACUACAUGUUCAGAGGCUGCACCAGCUCGACUCUGAGAAGGAGCGUUUGAAGCGCCUGGGUGACAUCGUAACGGCCUCUGACAUGGUUCUGUCUCAGAUCGACCAGACGGCCCUGGCAGUCUACCUCACCAUAAAGACCGACCCUCGCCCUGACGCUGUCACAAUCAAGAGUGACAUGGAGAAGCAGAAAUGUUCCCUGCUGGAUGCUCUGUGUAGGAAGGGCUGUGCCCUGGCUGACCUUUUGCUCCUGCCUGCUACACCCCAGGACGGGGUUGGGGGGGCUGGGGGGGCUGGGGAGGGGGCAGAGACGGGGACUGACGAGGAGGAGGUGACCAGCUCUGACGACGCCCAACAGGGCAGGGCCAAAGCCUUGACAGACACCUUCUGGGAGCUGCAGAAGUGGGUGGAGCUAACGGACUCUAAGGUGUUGACGUUCUCCUACAGACAUGCAUUAGUCAAUAAGAUGUACGGCAGAGCCCUGAAGUAUGCCUCCAAGAUCGUAGAAGACAAACCCAGUAGAGACAACUUGAAGAACUGCAUUCAGGUAAUGCGGUCCUUGGGCUGGAUGCACUGUGCCACUUUCACAGAGAACUGGCUGCCCAUCAUGUACCCAGCCGACUACACUCCCUUCUAGACAGUCUGUUACACACACACACACACACACACACACACACACACACACACACACACACAUCUGAAAGCAGUCAGCGUUUGUACCAAGUCUUGACUGAAUGCCUCGAACAAUGUGGUCGGCGUAGAGAAGAUUUCAACCCGGACACAUUUCAGAGCUUCUUGGUUUAAAAAACCCUCCACUGUUGUUCAGUUGUAGAUAGAAAGACGAUGAACGGAUUGGAUUUUUCCAUCUUUACCUGACAUUUCUAUUGUUUUUUGGGGGGGGGGUUCAACGUUUUGAAUGUUUCACCCUCCUGAAUGAACCCGGUCUGUAGAAAGGUACCGACACGCGUCAUAAUACACAUCAUAAAAGACGCAACAUGUUGUUAUUCUCCCUGAUGGAUUUUAAAUGUGUGUGUCUUUUAGAGUAAACAAGGGGGGGGGUUGGAAGCUGAUCAUUUUGAGUCCAUGUCAAAUUGAACACUCUUUUUAUUUUAAUGCCAGUCCAUUAUUCCGUGUGUGUGUGUGUGUGUGUGUGUGUGUGUGUGUGUGUGUGUGUGUGUGUGUCCUCUCUUUGGAAUCCCUGGAAAGAGCCUCCCUCAUUGUCAGGAUUCCACAGUGAUCCUGUCCUCGGUUUAGUUUCAACACUUUCACCCCUCCCUCCCCCCCUCCCUCCCUCUCUCCUUCCCCCCUCCCUCUC